AUACUAUUGGUUGGUGAACCUAUAGGUUCACCCUAGGGGGUGAACCCAAGAAUUACUCUUUGUUUUAUUAGCAGCUCACAAGUGGUAGACCCCUUAUAUCUGAAGCCCAUUACAUAGAUUUAUAACUUUGUACAAGUUAAAUAAAUCUUAUUCAUAUACACACAAACAAAACCCAAGACCGGUCCUCGGCAAAGCCUAACGAAACAUUAGUAUUAGGCCUCCAAAAUGUUUUAAAAAAAUUACAUAGAAAAAAACUCCCAAAAUUAAUUUUUUAAGCUCCCAAAUCUACCAAAAAAAAUUUAAGCUGAAAUUUUUUAAAAUCCGCCGACAGCUCCCUAAAUUUUAGGACCGGCUCUGACAAAACCCUAAUGCCAUUGAUGGAGAAACCAGACAAUAGGGAGAUGGAUUUGCUCACAGAUGGAUUACCACCAAUCCCUAUCCUAUUGACGAAGAUACCAAAGAUCAGUGGAACGGAAUCGCUGCUAGAGGAUCUGUAUGCGAUUAUACUAGCCAAGUUACCACUAACGAGCAUAAUCACUUUCAAACGGGUUUGCAAGCAAUGGAAAUCACUCGUUGAGUCUCCUUUUUGCCGCGAUCUUUAUCUGUCUAUGCACCAAAACUCGUAUUAUUCUUCUUGGUCGUUCAUGUGUAGAGGUUACGAGACAGAAACCAUGGCUCACUACGGAUCCGAUAACUGGUGUCUUACCCGUUCUCUCGGUUCUUACAUCUCGUCUUUUCUAGCCGAAAAGUUCGAGAACCGAGAAGGUAGAGUCGUGGCUUACACCGAUGUUGGAUUGAUAUUGAUUUACGUAGUCACGAACCAAUCUUUCUACGUGGCUAAUCCUGUCUCAAGGCAAUGCGUAGAGAUCCUGCCUCAUAAUCAUGCAAUGGAACGUUUUUGGAUAUUGGGGAUUGUGACUCGAACUGAGGACGAAGUCGUUUUGGGUUACAAAGUUGUUUUGUUAGAGAAGAAGAAGAACUUUACUAGUUUCUUGAUAUAUUCAUCUGAGACCGGCUCGUGGAGUCUUGAAACUGUUAGUUUUCCUUUCACUUUCAUCGCUCAGGAAUUUAACAAUCCCAUUAGCCUGAACGGAAAGCUUCACUGGCUCGCUCACAAUCCGGAGUAUAAAGAUUUUCUUGUAUCCUUCGAUUUCUACCCUAGUGGAGACAAGGGUUCUGAUCGAUGUCGUGUUACACCUUUCCCUGACUUAGACAAAACAACUAAAUUCAAAAGAGCUUGCACAACUUGUCAAGGGUUUCUCAUGUAUAUUAACAUAGUCUCUGUAGCCGAAGUUGAUAAGCUGUGUGUAUGGAGGCUAAAGAGCGAAGGAUGGCAACUAGUAUCUGAAAUCUCUACUGAUAUUGUAACGGCUGGUUUUGAUUAUAUUCCGUUGGGGAUGAAUCCUUUUGAUGAUAAACUAGUGUACUUUUGGAGGGGAAACAUGGAGGGCCAAGAUUUGUUGUCUAUUAACUUACACAUUGGGGAGUUUAUGGUCCACGAAGAGUUGGAACGUAGCAGCGACGGUCGCGUUCUGAGUUCCGUUGGUGGUCCGAGAGAGAUAGAAUACAUAAAGGAAACAUUUUAUUCCUCGUUCGUUCUCCCGAGGUGGCUGCAUCCUUUCCCGAACUAGGUGCGAGUUUAAAAUAAAAAUAAAAAAAUAAUAAUAUAUAUUAUGCAAAACUUAACCUGUUUCUUUCUCUUCUUGAUAAUUACUGUUGUUUCCUUAUGCAAGAUGAAGAAGUUGUCGGAUGGUGUUUGCUAGAAAACUCUUAUCAAUGAAUCUUGUAACUUAUUUUACUGGCAAAUUAUACCCAACUGGGGAAGUUGUAAGAGAAAACUUUCAUUUGGAUCGCUAUUUUUAAAGUAUUUUUCAAGAGAGACCUUUAGAAGUAGGGUUAAUUUGCUGAAUAACUAUAUUGGAAAAAAUAUUAGUUUUGUAGUAAGAGGAUAGAGAGGGGGUGCUAUGGUUUGUUGGUGAAAUAUAGUUUUUUUCAGUUAUCAAAUUUCCCUUAGAAGUAUCAUUUAAGAUUAUCAACGGCAUAAACUUCUGGAUUCCCCCAACUUUUUGCUCGUUCCUACCAGUGUUCAGCAGUCAAUAAAAUUUGAUAAGUUGAUGAUUUGUUAAAAAAAUCAAAUAAGAGAAAGAAAACCUUCGUAUCUAUAUCUAGGAAAAAACACUUGCAUAGGUCAACAUUUCUCUGACUGAAUAAAAUAAAUAGCUUAGUAUUAUCGCUAUCAGUGCACUGAAGAAAUUUAGAGAAACAAGGAGUGAAUAAACGGAGGAAUAAGAUCACGAUAUUUUGGUUAAGAAAAGAUGUUGUACACUCUUGAAACCCAAAAUAUUAUGGCUGCAACUGGAAUGCUGCCAUUUAGCGAAAUAAAAUUGUUUGGAAUGCUUCUGAUUCCAUAGAAUUCCUUAAAAUAUUCAUGAGUUACAAUGAAAUGUUGUUUAUAACAAUUUCACUUAUACUAUUUUGGAAUUAAACAGAAAAAAAUAUUUUUAAA